AUGACAGACGUGGAACAUGGAGUCCUCCCACCAGAACAGUCGCCGGCCGACGAACUGCGCGCUCUCAUGGGCCGGGAGACGGCCAAGACGCGUCUUCGCCGCUUAGCAAGCCAUGCUGCACCUCCAUUCAACCCGGUCUGCACGCACACAACACCCACAUCUUGUCGCGAGCACAGCGGCGAGGUCUGCAAUCGUGCACACUUUGAGCCCCUCAUGAGGCCCUACACCGAUCCAGCCCUCGGAUACUGUUCCUACUUGAACAUGUGCUAUGGUGACCCCAUGUUCGCCGGUAACCCCAGCCUGGGUGAGGGAUCCGGCGGGCGUGGAACCAAGGAGUGCAGGUAUCUCCACUUUCAAGUGUCGCCAGCGGCGGAACGCACCUCAGUGCCGCCACCCAUCCCUGCUCCGCUGGCUUUGCCAUCCUCGGCCGCUUCGCUGCGUCCGGCGGCCGUAACGGCCCCAGCACAGUGGAUCAACUGCGAUAUCCGUUCGUUUGACUUUAGUGUCUUGGGCCAGUUUGGCGUCAUUGUCGCGGACCCGCCAUGGGACAUUCACAUGUCGCUGCCGUACGGAACCAUGACGGACGACGAGAUGCGCAACCUCCCGCUCGCCUCCCUCCAGCCGGACUGGGGAAUCCUCGCGCUGUGGGUUACGGGCAGGGCCAUGGAGCUCGCGCGCGAGUUGCUCGCUGGGUGGGGGUACCUCCGCGUCGACGAGCUGGUGUGGCUCAAGACCAACCAGCUCCAACGCCUUAUUCGUACCGGCCGCACUGGCCAUUGGCUCAACCAUACCUGCGAACACUUGCUUGUGGCCCUCAAGCGACCGAAGGACUGGCCAAGGGACAGACCCGUGCCGUGGGAUGAGGACCCGGCACUCAAGAAGCUCCAUCGCGGGGUGGACACGGAUGUGGUUGUCGCAGAGGUUCGGGAGACAUCACGCAAGCCAGACGAGACGUAUGGUGUUAUCGAGCGACUGGCACCACAUGGCCGGAGACUCGAGCUGUUUGGCAGAAAGCACAAUAUCCGACCUGGAUGGCUUACACUUGGAAACCAACAACCCGACCUCCAUGCGCGCCUGACAGAACGCUUCCCUCAGCAAAAGUUUACGCUGGUUGUAUAG